AUCUAUGUGCAAAAAUUAGGAAUUUGUCUCCUCCUCAUCUCAAGUCUUUAGUCACAAUCUCCUUUUGCAAAAGCCAAUGCAUAAACUAGGAAACUUGUCUCCCUCUUAAUCUCCAUAAUCUGAUUACCAAAGGGCAAAGCAAAAUCUGCGUGUAGUGAAUGCUGAAAUCGAAGAAGCCGUCGCUGGAUCCAAUCCACCAUUUCUUCACUCUGAUCCUAAAAUCCGUUCUUAAUUCUGGGCAUUGCUGAUAAUAACGAGGAGAUUAGAAGAAUGGGUUCUAAAAGCAUUCAAACGUUCUUUACUAGUUCUUCAAAAUGGGAAACUUGUUCUGAAUGAUUUGGUUUAUGAGGUGAAACAGAAUCUGGAAUGGACAUACGGAAUCGAAAGCAUUUCAGAUUCUUGGGCCUGUAUAUCAAUUCAUAUGCAUUGAAAUGUGUGGUUCUGUUUGUGACUGCUUUGGUCUGCAGAGUUCUUCUUUUCCCCAGACUAUCAAACAUCUCGCUCCCAUCUGAAUCCGAGUCUUCGAUCCAGAAACCAAAGUUUUUGGAGGUUCCACAGAUAGUAUGGGGAUUGAACAAUCAGAAGAUUGCAUUUGCAAGAGCAUGUUUGACUGCAAGAAUGCUGAAAAGGAAGCUUUUGAUGCCGAGUUUGAGCGCUUCGCUCUUCUACAAGGAAGUUGACCUCUUGGAUCCCAUCUCAUUCCAUAAGGUCUUCCAAUUCGAAACCUUCAAUUCGCGCUGCUCGGAUUUUGUCCAAUUGGGACACUUUCCCAAGGUUUUAAAUCGCAGCGAUGCAGUUGAGCUCCAAAAGGGAAGUGGGAGGAAGUGGACAGUGGAGAAAGACUAUGAUCAGUUAGUAGAGUUCAGCAAACAUCCAUAUGAUCAGUAUCAAGUAGUUAAAGUUGUUGGGAAAAACCCGUUUUUAUGGCACGACCAUUGGCCAGCUAAGGACUACGCGAGGGUCUUCGACUGCUUAGUCUUUGUAGAUCAGAUAUCCAAAGAGGCUGAUAAAGUCAUCUCUACAGUCAGAAAUGCAAUGGGAAAGGUCAAAUUGUCUCAGCCAGCGCCUUAUAUGGCAGUUCACAUGAGAAUAGAAAAAGAUUGGAUGAUUCAUUGCAAGAAAUUGGAGCAGAGACUAAACAUCACUGAAAUUUGUAGUAGUAAGGAGGAGAUUAUGGACCGAGUCCGAAACAUUAUAGGCCUUAAAAUCCCAAUAAUUGUUUACCUCGCGGUUGCGGAUACCCUUCUUGAAGACGAAGACUCUAUUUUGGAGGGUUGGGACGAAGGGUUGAUCGUACGGGAAAAGAAGAGAUUGGGUGUCACGGGAAUAUACAAAAAACAUCCUUACCUUAUUCAAUCAGCCAUAGACUAUGAGGUCUGUCUGAGGUCAGAUAUCUUUGUAGGCAACAGUUUUUCAACAUUUUCUAGCCUUGUGGUUCUUGACAGGACUCAGAAAAUGAUCAAAUCGGGCAAUGUAAGAAUGUGCGGUGUGGAUGCCCGUUGGCCUUCGUUUGCUUAUAAUUUGUUAGGGCAAUCUAACGGUCCUCGUCCGUGGGUAACAAACUUGUCCGAUUCGAGCUUGCAGUCAAUUAGCUAUGGCUCUAAUCAGAUUCAUUGCUGACUAUAUGUCACUGGGAAACUAUGGUAUUGACUCUACUUUUAGGGAACAAGUAAAUUUUGUGUAAAUGAAAAUGUGAAGAAAAUUGUUGCAGCAUUAAUUGCAUAAUUCUAGACAACCUCUAUUUUGUACUUGAUUCUUUGUAUACAUCACAUUUGAUUAAGUUAUUCUGUAGGACAGGACAUUGGGACCGGUUUAGAGCUGUGAUUUGCUUGUCCUUUG